CGCAAACGAUGAGCUGCAUUUGCAAAGCAGCAGUGGUAUAGUGGACAACACACCAAAACGAAGAAAAUACCGGUGUUGGAAAUAUUUCUUGAAAAUAUGUUUUAACAGCUCACCUUCUCCUGGAAAUGUGACGGAGUGUAGCCCAUGUUGCAUUAGUGCCUGUGUGACAUGCUGGCUUGUUUGCCAGUAUCCAACCCCACAUUCCAGCUUCGUUCCCACUUGCAGAUGAACACUGGACUUCAGAAAUGGGACACCACGCAGAAGAUGAGAUCCGCACAUUAUCCAUCCCCAGCGGAAUUGGAUGCCUAUGCUAAGAAAGUUGCCAACAACCCGCUGACUAUCAAGAUCUUCCCCAACAGUGUCAAAGUACCUCAAAGGAAGCACAUCCGCCGCACGGUAAACGGCCUGGACACCUCCAGCCAGCGAUACAGCCCCUAUCCGUCUCAGGAGUCCUCCCGCUCAGGCCUCCUUGCCAUCGUCAAGGUACCCGUCAAGAGCAUUCUGAAGGGCCUGGACGCCAGCUGUGCCCGCUUCCUGCCGAAGUCGGUCAUGAACCCCCACAGCGGGCCCUACGGGGCCCAGAGCACUUUAGCGCCCCAGCAGCAGACUAUGGCUCACCUGCAGGGCCUCCCCCAGCCCCCACCCGGGGCCCACAAGCAGGGCCUCCCCUCCCACCAGCUCCAGCAGCGACAACAGCAGCAGGCUCAGCAGCAACAACAGCAGCAACCGGGCAUUGCACGUCCGCAGACCAUCCAGCACCACGGCCUUCCGCACCCACCCAGUUUACGGCCUCAGCCUGGCCUUAUCCGUCAUCAGACUCUCCAGCAGCAGCAGCAGCCUGGCCUGAGCCACCCCCAGAGGUUACUGCAGCAGCAACAGCAGCAGACGGCCUCCCAGGGCCUAAGGCUGCUGGCAGAGAUGGCCCAGGCUCAGGCUCAAGCCCAGGCCCAGGCGCUUCCCCAGGCCCAGACUCUGCCCCCUCAGGCCUCCACUCCAGCUGGAGCUGGUCCCCCUGCCCCCUCGGGAAUGCUGCUGGUCCCGGGCAUGCACGGUGCCCCCCCGCGCAAGCUGCCCGACGGCGACGCCCCUCCCAACGUGACCGUGUCUACCUCAACCAUCCCGCUGUCCAUGGCGGCCAGCCUGCACCACAACCGGCCCAGCGACCUCAGCAGCAUCGUGCACCAGAUCAACCAGUUCUGCCAGGCCCGGGCCGGUGCCGGCGGCACCUCGGUCUGCGAGGGCCAGAUCGCCAACCCCAGCCCCAUCAGCCGCAACCUGCUCAUCAACGCCAGCUCCCGCGGCUGUGGCCCACACCCUCACCCACACCCACACCCACACCCACACCCUCACCCCUCACCCUCACAUCCCCACCCACGGCUUGGCCUCGGACCUGGCCCACAGCCUGCCCCAUCAUCCUGUGCCCUCAACCACGAUGCCGCCGAUGCCAUGCCGCCCACCACUAUGACUGCCAUGAGCCGGUUGCCCCUCUACCAGAACUCCCUCAAACAGCCCCAUCCCCACUUACCUCAGCAGCAACAGGGGCCCUGGAAACAGCAACAGUCUCAGCCGCUCAGCCACAUGCCGCACAUGCCCGACGGCCCGCCGCCCUGCAAGAGCGUGGCCCGGGAGGACCCUGCCGGCUCCGGCUUCCCCACCAAGGGCCUGCCCUUCUCCCAGGAGGCCUGCAUGGGCCAGCAGCCCUUCAGCCUCAAAGCCCCGCUGGACAAACCCACCCCGUCGCCACCAGUGAAUGGGAUGGUCGGUGGCCCGGCUAUGAACUACAGUAACGGGCACUACAUGCAGCAGCAGCAGCAGCAGCCCCCGUGGGGCAGCAUCUUGCCCACCCCGAACAGCGACAGCUCUGGCUCUCAGGACCUGGCCAUCAACUUCCACGGGGGUCUGCCAGGCGGAGGCGGGGGCUCAUCCGUUGACUGCGCACAGGGGCCCCACUACAGAACUGGAGCUGGCGCCGGCAGCGGCACUGGCGUCAAUGGCCACCCGGGUCUGGUGCCGAACGUAGACUACAUGGCCGGCGAUUUCCCGUGCUUCAGGGAGCAAACCAACCUGGGCAUGAUGGGUAAGAUGCCCAGGCUGCCUGUCAUGGCAAACGUUAGGGCCCCUGAUUCAGGUGAUAGUAGAAAUGUUCCCAUUCACCACCACCCAGGCUACAGAUGAGUCUGGAGUGAGCCAUCGCUAGUCAAUUAAUAACUUGCUUAUUGCCCACGAGUCUCACGAGUAAUCCACGGAGCGCCGGUUUCCCAGGCAGGGAUUAAAACUUUUAACACUUGCAUUUGGAAUUUAAAACAAAAACACAUUCUUUAAUUAUUAUUAUUGUUAUUAUUAUUAUUAUUAUUAUUAUUAUUAUUAUUAUUAAUUUUCUGGUCUAGUGAGAACGCCAAUGCAUCCAUGGCCAGGGUUAAUCCGUGUCUGAGAAACCAGCUCGAAGAGUUUCCUAGAUAAUGAAUAGUGCUCUUAUUGGAGUGUUGUAUGUGAAGGUCAUUAACUCCCUAGCCUUUCCUGUUUCCUUGUGUUCAGGCUGAAUAAAGGGUUGUAACACUCA